UAAUAAACUGAACAAACAUCGGACGGAAACUUCCGGAUACAACAUGAAAAUGUUUCGGAUACUUGCAUUGUUGAAAGAACCAGUGAAUUUUGGCAGCAAACUCGGAUCUUUUGGAAUUAGAUGUCUCAACACAAGAUCUAUGGAAGGUAUGAAGUUAUCUGUCCAUCCACACGAGGUCAUGGUGGAUGAGCGAGUGUCGGUUCAGGUGUCUGGGCUGGCAGCCAACCAGAGAGUGACUGUAUACUCUUCAAUCAAGAGUGGUAAAGGUGAAGUUUUCGCCAGCUGUGGGUGUUACCAGGCAGAAAAGGAUGGCACUGUGGAUCUGGAGAGAACACCUGCUUUAUCAGGAACAUAUACAGGGACGGAUGGUAUGGGAUUCAUUUGGAGUAUGCGUCCAGCACCAGGUCAGAGGUCAGGGUUACGGCUGGUGCAAACAGAUGUCACCAAGCCCCAAUUAGUGAACAUUUCCAUCCACAGCGGUCACCAUUCUCUAUCGGACUUGUGCAAAGGUCAUUCAAACCCUCCAUUGGUGACUGGUGUGCUUCCGCGUUGGUACAAAUCUUGUGAUGUUAGUAGAAUACCUGUCACGUCAGGAAGACUACGAGGAACGUUGUUCUUACCUAAAGGGCCAGGGCCGUUCCCUGGGCUGAUAGAUAUGUAUGGAACUGGAGGCGGUAUUAUGGAGUACCGCGCUGCCUUGCUUGCAUCCAGAGGCUUCGCUGUUUUGGCACUGCCAUUCUUUGGAUAUCAAGAUCUUCAAAAGAGCUUCAGUGACCUUGAUCUCAACUACUUCAAGGAGGCUGUGACGUUUCUGGACACUCACACCCAUGUCCAGUCUGGUGGCCUUGGUAUCAUUGCAAUCUCCAAAGGGGCGGAGCUAGGCCAGUUUAUAGCCAUUCACUGUCCUGUGAUUAAAGCUAUUGUCAGUAUCAAUGGCAUGCCCUACUUGUCAUUCUCCCCAAUCCAUGAUGGACACAUCACAUAUCCCAACGCCAUAGAAUUAGAUCUUGCUCUAUAUGAUCAUACUGAGGAAGGCAUCUGUUCCAAAACUGGCCACUGCUUUGACACCUCCAAGUUCUUCAAGGUUUGGGAAUCUGAUGUUAAAAUUCUGAGCAUCAUUGGUUCUGACGAUAUGAAUGUCCAUCCGGACCUGCACCAGCUACAGGUUGGCUGCUUCCCUGCCCACAAACAAAACAACAUAGAGCUGGUGGUAUAUGAGGGAGCUGGUCACCUAAUAGAGCCACCCUUCUCUCCACACUGCCGUGCCUCCUAUAUCAAAAUGUUAGGGACCAAUUUGGUUUGGGGAGGCAAUCCUGUGGACCAUGCUUAUGCACAAGAAGACUCCUGGAGACGAAUUCUCCAUUUCCUCAAUAAACAUUUACGUGAAGGACAUAGAAAAGAAGGGAUUAAAAGUCUGCUAUAGCUCAACGUAGAAAUAAAAACAUGUUCUUAUGCUGUGUUAUAGUUUACAUUAUGUGGUUCAUUGUCAGAAUAACUAAGGAAUUGUUCCAUCAAACAUCUCCAACAUUCACGGCUAGUAUGGAAUGGAACAAGUAACAAGUGACCUUCAGUUGUAGAACAGAAGGAGGACCACAACUACAUCCUACCCAAUGAAGUGCUCUAGUUAUUUCACAAUUUAAAAUGUCAAACAAAAGUGUCUGCGACAUUCACGUCAGAGAAAUAAUGUGGUUUCAUACUUUUGAUGUAUGUGACCUUGUAAUAAAUCAAUUUACUC